GUUUUGCUUUGAGCUGGGAGCUGUGCAGAGCUCAGGUCCAAGCCCUCCCCCCCCAGCUCUGAGUGAAACUCCCCCUUGGAGCUCGGUUCCUUUUUGUUUGUUUUGAAUCGAAAGUUUUGGAAAAGGCUCCAGCUGGCAGGGGGCGGGGGAAGGACGGGAAGAAGUUUUAAAGACGGCUCCAGCCUUUUGCCUAUUGGACCAAAGCCUCUCCCCGCAAGUUCUGUGCUUUUUCCAGUUGUAUUUUUCCCCCACCGGCUGCCGGGUUGUUUCUCCGCAGCGCGGCACGGAAGGGCCCCCAGGCGCACGGCCCGCGGCGAUGCUCUAGGGUCCGCUGAGAUGCGCUAGAGGCAGGGCCAGGGCCCGUCCAGGGGAGCGGCCGGGAGCUGGGAGGAACGGAGCCGCUAGGGCAGGCGGCGGCCAGGGCAGGGCGAUCGGGAGAAGAGGAGGAGGGAGAGGAAUCGCUCGCGGCUGGAGGCUGGGGAGCGAGCCCCGCGCACGGAUGCGGCCUGCAGUGCAGCUGAACCCCGCCAUGCUGCUUCCAUCUCUGAAGAUGCUCCUCUUCUUCCUCGCAGGUUUGCCAGUCGUGGUGUCUCGAAGCAGCAAGCUGCACAUUUCAUGCAGCGACCCCGAAGUCGUCCUCAGUCUCUGGAGCAACUUCUCACUGACGUGCUCGGGGGAGGCCGAGGUGGUCUGGGAACGAGACUUGCAGCCCAUAGCCGCGCCGCUGGAGUGGAGAGACGGCACCUUCUCCAGCACGCUCACGCUCUGGAACGUGACAGGCAAUGACACGGGGGAGUACGUCUGCACCUACAACCAAUCCCAGAACCAGGAGAAACAGGCUGUCUAUAUCUUUGUGCCAGACCCGUCCAUCGUCUUCCUCCCCACAGGCCCCGAGGAAUCAUUCGUCUUCAUCACUGGCUACAGCGAGGCCACCAUCCCGUGCCGUGUGACUGACCCCCAGACCACGGUGACUCUCUAUGAGAAGAAGGUGGAGAACCCAAUUCCCGUGGUCUAUGACAAGCAAAAAGGCUUCACGGGGUUCUUCGAAGACAAGACCUACAUCUGCAGGGCAACGCUGGGCGAGCGGGAGGUGGACUCUGACGCAUAUUACGUCUACAGAAUCCAGGUCUCGUCCCUCAAUGUUUCCAUCCGCGCGGUGCAGACCAUGGUGAAGCAAGGCGAGAACAUCACCGUGAUGUGCACUGUGAGCGGCAACGAAGUGGUGGAUUUCAGCUGGUUUUACCCUCGCCAGGAGGCAGGUAAGGCCGUGGAGCCUGUGACGGACUUUUUGCCUGGAUCCAGCCAUGACAUCCGCUCCACCGUGACCAUCCAGAAUGCAGAGCUGGAGGACGCCGGCACCUACAUCUGCCACGUCUCUGAGGUCUACCACCAGAAUACGGACAAGAAGGACAUUGAGGUCAACGUGAUCGAGCGUGGCUUUGUGAGGUUCCACACUGGUCUGAACGACGUCGAGUUUGCCGAGGUGCACAAGAGUCACAUCAUCCAGGUGCAGAUCGAGGCCUAUCCGCAGCCAACCAUCCUGUGGCUGAAGGACAAUGAGACCCUGAAGAUGGGGAACAGCAGCGCAUUCAUCAUUACCCGCAAGAGCCUGUCGGAAAACAGGUACCAAACCACUCUGACCCUGGUGCGAGUGAAGCAGAAUGAAGGGGGAUUCUACACCGUCCGGGCAUCCCAUGAGGAUGACACGCAGGAGAUGUCCUUCUACCUGCAAAUUAACGUGCCCGCCAACGUGUUAUGGCUGAAGGAGAACAGCAAUGCCAGCAGUGGGGAGCAGACCGUCAGGUGUUUCACUGAAGGGAUGCCCCAGCCAGAGCUCAUGUGGUUCACCUGCAGUGACAUCAAAGGGUGCGGCACCAAGGAGCAGCCCACCAGGGUCCUGGGGAACAACUCAGAGGAGAUCAACCUGCAGACCAGCUUCAUGUACCACGAGACGCUGAAGGUUUACAGAGUGAACAGCACGCUGCGGCUCCGCAGAGUGGACGAAGACCUGCUCAUCAGAUGCUCUGUGCAGAAUCUUCUGGGCAAUGAUUUUGAGGACAUCACCCUGGUCCCACACGGCUGGCCCUUGAAGGUGAUCAUCAUCUCAAUCAUCCUGGCCUUGGUGGGAGUGCUUGCCGUCAUCUGCCUGGUGAUCCUCAUCGUCCUGAGGCUGAAGAAGCCUCGCUAUGAAAUCCGCUGGAAGGUGAUUGAGUCGGUCAGCUCCGAUGGACAUGAGUACAUCUACGUGGAUCCCAUGCAGCUCCCCUACGACUGCAGCUGGGAGCUCUCCAGGGACAAGCUAGUGCUAGGGCGCACUCUCGGAUCCGGAGCCUUUGGCCGAGUGGUGGAGGCAACGACCCAUGGCCUGAGCCAUUCGCAAUCCACGAUGCGAGUGGCCGUGAAAAUGCUCAAAUCUACCGCCAGGAGUAGCGAGAAGCAGGCCCUGAUGUCUGAGCUGAAGAUCAUGAGCCACCUGGGGCCUCACCUAAACAUUGUCAACUUGCUUGGAGCCUGCACCAAAGGAGGCCCCAUCUAUAUCAUAACAGAGUAUUGCCGCUAUGGAGACCUGGUGGACUAUCUGCUCCGGAACAAGCACACCUUCCUCCAGUACUACACCGAGAAAGCAAGGCGAGAGAUGGAGGUGUAUGGGAAUGCCUCCGAAGAGGACAAGGUGUACAGCCUCACCUCCUUCUCUAUCGAAAGCGACGGGGGCUACAUGGAUAUGAGCAAGGAUGACUCCCUGGACUACGUUCCCAUGUCUGAUAUGAAGGGAGAGAUCAAGUAUGCUGACAUUGAGUCCUCCAACUACGGCACUCCCUACGAGCUGGACAGCUAUUCCCCCUCAGCUCCCGAAAGGACGGACCGCGUGACCCUGAUAAACGAGUCCCCACUCCUCAGCUACACAGACCUGAUUGGGUUUAGUUUCCAGGUGGCCAACGGGAUGGAGUUCCUCGCGUCCAAAAAUUGUGUGCACCGAGACCUGGCAGCAAGGAACGUCCUCAUCUGCGAGGGGAAGCUGGUGAAGAUCUGUGACUUUGGCCUGGCCAGAGAUAUCAUGAGGGAUUCCAACUACAUCUCCAAAGGCAGCACCUUCCUGCCUUUGAAAUGGAUGGCGCCUGAGAGCAUCUUCAACAACCUCUACACAACCCUGAGUGAUGUGUGGUCUUUUGGGAUCCUUCUCUGGGAGAUAUUUACCCUGGGUGGGACUCCAUACCCUGAACUACCCAUGAAUGAGCAGUUCUACAAUGCCAUCAAAUGUGGCUACCGAAUGUCUAAACCCACCCAUGCUUCCAACGAGAUCUAUGACAUCAUGCAGAAAUGUUGGGAAGAGAAGUUUGAGAUAAGACCUUCCUUCUCUCAGCUGGUGGUACUUAUGGGGAACCUCCUGGCAGAUGGAUACAAGAAGAGGUACCAACAGGUCGAGGAAGAGUUCCUGAAGAGUGACCACCCUGCUGUUCUGCGCACAAGGCCCAGAAUCCCCGGGGUCAGCAGCGCCGGGCUCACCCCCAGCUCCGGCACCGGAAGUGUCCUCUAUACAGCCGUGCAGCAGGACGAGGGGGACAAUGAGUACAUCAUCCCCCUUCCUGACCCCAAGCCCGACGGAAUCGACGACUCCCCUCAGGAGGCUUCGGUCAGCCGGGCCAGUUCUACUCUGAACGAAGUGAACACAGCAUCCACAAUAUCCUGUGACAGCCCCCUGGACCCACAGCAGGAAGGGGAACAGGAGGAACCUGAACCAAAGUCGGGCUGCCAGGAGCCAAGCCAAGGGCACCAUGACAUGGAAGAGAGUUUUCUGUAGAAAGGGCAGGGCUGAUGCUACCCCACACCCUACCAGUGAGACCAGCUGGGGGGCAACCAAACUUGGUGGAGAACCUGGACGGGUGUUUCUUUAUCCCGCCCUCCGUCCCACCUCCCAGCCCAACGUGGACUAUAGAGGCACCGUUCCCCUCCCCCAGCCUCACUGCCACACUCCACCCCAUUGAUCAAACUACUGAGACAAGGCGGGGUCUCCUCACAGACAAACCUCUUCUCCUCACAGUGAAGCCUGCAGUGCUCCCAGACCAAGGGGCAGGGCUCCAGCGGGUCUCCAGAGGAGAUGCUGCCGUUCACUCCAUUUGUUUGAUAUCCCAGCCUCUUUCCCGCACCCCGGUGCAACAGGUGGCUCUGAAUUCCAGUGUCCAUCUGGGCCGAAGCUGCCUCUUUGAUGUUCUGCGUAUCCGCCACGCUGUGGUACAACUGCCAUACGUGGCUGGGCUGGACAGACCGAUUCCUUGCAGCUCCCUGGUGGGGCGUCGGGAAGCCGAUAGGCCAGGCCCCAGUCACUAGAGAACAGGAUCAUACUGAUUGGAUUCUCUCUCAAGCACAGCAGAGCUAUUAUAGCCGCUGAGGAGAAACGAGCCAUGGAGAAUCCAGUCACCAGGAGAAACCAGUCACGUUCUUCCCCUCUUGUCCUCUCCAGCCUUUCUGAGAGGAAUGCGGCACCACAAGCACUGUGGUACAGGUACCUGUGGCACUGGGCCACAAUGCUGCAUUAGCACCCUUUUCCUCCACCCCCAAGGAGAUGUCAUAGGCUGACCCUCUUUCUGCCCACAACAGCACCCUGGGUUCCUAAGGGCCUGCCAGGAAUCAGGGAUGCUCUGAUAAUGACUCUGUUGUGGCAGCAACAGCACAUUCCAGCGUUAUCUUCCUCUGUGUGGACUCUAAGCCUAGAUAGUCUCCAUAUCGCUCAUUUAAAGGGAACAAAUAAGAUCUCUUAAUUCACUAGCCAGGGCCAGUAUAGAAACACAAAUGGCUAUUCAUUAAUCUUCUAGUGCCACGGAACCUAUUUCACCUGCUGGGAAAGUCUCUCAGCCCAACUGGCUCCAGAAUCUUUGUUUUAUCUUUGGGAAGCAGUGGUAUGACGUUGAUGUUACUUUGUUCAUACGAGUUCCCCUUUCUAUGCCGUCUGGGUCCCUCACGUGAAUUGCAGCCUCUUGCACUAGGUGAGUAACCAGGCUGCAUAAACCCAAGCCCAGGCGAUCCAGGGACAGCGAGAGAGAGAGAGAGAGAGGUUGUGAAGUCAUCUGAGAGCUGUAGAGGGUUUAUGGUCCUGCCACUUACAGUCUCUUUGACUGUACAAAUACAUGGGGGGAAGCUAACUUUUAAACAACAAGCAGCAUUUGUGUUUGCCAGGAGCAGCCGUUCUCAUGCUGACAGGAUCCAUGGAGCCUUCCAGGAUGGUACAUUUUGGGACCCAAACAGAGGAGGAAGGAUCAGGUUGUCGGAUGGGAAGUGGGCCUAAGACAGGGACUUUCUCUUAGAAAGUGGAAUGCAGAAUGGAAAUGUUGGAGAACCUCUUGUCUUGCUUCAAACCCCUCCUCUACCCCAUUGGCAGGGCUCUGACCUGUAGCGCUCUGAGCUUCCACUCGUUAGUCGAAGAGUUAAACCAGGUGGAAAACAAGGAAACCAUGAAAAUCCCCCAAAACAGGAAGGUUAUGACAAUGUCUUCAGCUUGGAAACCAGCAUUUUCUCCCUUUUGAAUAGCAUCAAAUUGCUUAGCACCCUUUUCCUCCACACCCACAGCUCCUUCUAGCUCAUCCACUUCCCUGUCCCUCUCACACACGUGGUGGCUGUGCUCUUAUUAACAGAGAUGGUUGGAAAUGUUCACAUUUUCAAUGACGUUCUUUGUGGAGGUUUGUCGGCCAGUUUAUAGAGCCGUCUAAAACUGUCCACCGAAAAACAUUGACAAUUUUGGUGUGUUUUCCAAUCAGCUCUGGUUAAUGGUGACAUAUUUGUAAAUUUAAAUCAAGAGGAACAGGUACCUGUGGCGGGAAGGGUUAUGUUUUUAAUAAAAUGUGAAAGCUAAAUGUAGCACUGUUGGUGGUAGCCAGCCAAGUGCUACUGCAAUACUGCAAACCAUGGCCAGAGGUGUUUCUCUAUUUCCUGCAAGUAUGGUCAGAUUUCUCAUAUCCCAUCAUCCUCAGGAAUCAUUCUGUGAAUGGCAACUCUUUUCCUACACACGCAUCCUCUUGAUCGUAGUGCAAGAUCCACGUUCAGUGGACAUGACUCAAGCAAUGCCCCAAACCACAGGGAAGCAACAUAGAUCGUUGGGGUUAGCCCACGUUUCCUCGGUUUCUUAGGUGCUCUGUAGGGCACAAGCCACCACAGCUUCAGCCAGGUGAAGGAAUACUGCUCUUAUCAAAUAGUUUGUGUUGUGUUUUUGUCCCAGCUUUCUAAGACCUCUCAAUCUGGGUGGAUUUAAUAGAUCCCCUCUAUGGUCAGAGCCUUUAUCUGCCAGGGCAGAUUUCUCUUUUUAUGAUGCCCUGUGCUACUACUUGAAAUAGAACCUGUGAUUUAAAGAACCCAUUAGCUCCUGCCCACACAGCAGCCCUAAGCAAAAUUUAGCUGUACAAAUCUGACCUUGUGAAUCUGGGGCUAGCGGGAAGUCUGGCAAAGGUGUGCUGGUGCUGAACACUGUCUGGCUACUUCCAGCCCCAUCUGGGCUUGACAUGAAGAGUUUGAUUUGCCUUCUGCUCCACUGGAAAAGCUUUUUGGUUUCACAUCCUGCUGCGAGUGUGCAGUGACUCGCUGCCUUGUGUCAGAGUGAGACGCCCCCUCGGAUAAGGGCAGACAGUGCUGACCAGGUGAGCC